GGCGCGGUGUCCUGCGGCGGCCUGGCGCGCUGUGGUGUCGCGGUGUCGCUGCUUGUCGCGGUGUGUCGCGGUUUGUGGCGAUGGUGAAGCUCACGGCGGAGCUGAUCGAGCAGGCGGCACAGUACACCAACGCCGUCCGCGACCGGGAGCUCGACCUGCGCGGCUAUAAAAUCCCUGUUAUUGAGAACUUGGGUGCCACUCUAGACCAGUUUGAUGCCAUUGAUUUCUCUGACAAUGAGAUCCGCAAACUGGACGGAUUCCCCUUGCUGCGGAGGCUGAAAACUCUCCUCAUGAAUAACAACAGGAUUUGUCGGAUUGGUGAGAACCUGGAACAGGCUCUGCCCAGCCUCACAGAGCUCAUUCUUACCAACAACAACAUUGCUGAACUGGGUGAACUGGAUCCGUUGGCAACUAUUAAAUCAUUGACUUACCUGAGCGUUCUAAGGAAUCCUGUAACAAAUAAGAAACAUUACAGAUUAUAUCUAAUUCAUAAAGUUCCCCAGGUCAGAGUGCUGGAUUUUCAAAAAGUGAAGCUCAAAGAGCGACAGGAGGCAGAGAAAAUGUUCAAGGGCAAACGGGGUGCACAGCUUGCAAAGGAUAUUGCCAGGAGAGCAAAAACCUUCAAUCCAGGAGCUGGUCUGCCAACAGACAAAAAGAAAACUGGGCCCUCCCCAGGGGAUGUGGAGGCAAUUAAGACUGCCAUAGCAAACGCCUCGACCUUGGCGGAGGUGGAGCGGCUGAAGGGAUUGCUGCAGGCGGGACAGAUCCCCGGCAGGGAGCGGAAAUCAGGCCCAUCGGAGGAUGGCGAAGAAGAAAUGGAAGAGGACACAGUGCCAAACGGAUCGUAGCCCGGGCCGUGCCGCGCUCCGGCCCUCCCCAGGAGCCCUUUCCUGUCCCAUUCCUGUCCCCGGCAGGGCCCCAUCGCUCCCGUCCUCGCGCAUUUCGCUGUUCAAUAAAUGAACGGUCCUUUUUUC